AUGAAAAUAGUUCAGUUUCGACGAAUAAUAUUUUUCCAUAUUCUUUGUCAUACACGUACUGAUCUAUUAUGUUUCAUUGAUCCAGUCUGUUUCUUUGGUGAUGAAUGUCAAUUUUAUACCAAAGGUCUUGGCCCAACAUUAGAUGAAAUAUUGGGUUAUGAAUUAAAACGUAAUACAAUAUUAUCUAAACAAUUUAUCAAAGUAUCAUUAAUUGUAUUUUAUCAAUAA